AGGGGUGCGGACGCCCGGAGUGGUCAGGGGGUCUGGGCGAAAGUUGCCCGGGGGUCCGGGUGCCUGGGGAAAAGGGGUCCGGGUGCCCGGGGUGGUCGGGGAAGUUGCACGGAAAUGUCCCGGGGGUCCGGGUGCCCAGGGUAAAGGGGUCCGGGUACUCGGGGUAGGCCGAGAAGACUCGAUUUUGAGCGAAAUUUUCAGAUCUCGAACUAGGUGCGGAAGAACUUGAUUUCAAGCUACAAAUUGGAUGGGGAAAAAGAAAAAAUGGGGCUAGAGAACGCCAAGGGAGGUAGAUCCACUUGCCAAACACUAGAUCCAUGGAUCAAAAUCAACAAAAACUCACAAGUACCAAAAAAAUGCAAGAAAUUUUUUGGGGCUCUUUUUGUAGGGAAUUUUCGAAUUGGGACAAAAACACACAAAAUUAGGCUAGAAAGCGGUGGGGGAGACUCCAAAUUCGUGAUCAACGUGGCUCUAGAUACCAAGAUGUUGUAGGGUGGAGACCCUAAGUGGAGUCUUUCAUGAAUUGGAGGGGGAUCCACGAAGAACGUGAAGAACAUGAAGAAUAAGAGGGGAAAUCACAAGAGGAACACUCAAGAACAAGUCCAAUCACACAUCCACUAGAUCAGCAAACACACAAGAUUCACAAGGUACAAGAACAAUCAAAGGGAAACAAGAUACAUGGUAAAGUUCAUCUCAAAUCCAAAGGAGAUGAGGUCUUGAUGAUCUAGAUAGAUCCUUCCCUCAUGGGGGUCUUGAAUCCCUAAGGAUCUUCUCCAAUGGAGGUCAUGAUCUCCAUGGGAGAGGGUAGAUAGGAGCAAAGCUCUCAAGAUCAUAUCAUGUACUUUGCUAACCCUAAUUUCGAGCUAGGAGAUGACUAUUUAUAGACUAGGGAAAGUUUGGGCGUAAAAUGGGGGUACAUGGGUCAUUGGACCCAGUGCAUGCAGGCACGGCCGGAGGGUUUCGGGCACCCGGGGCGGCGCCUGGGAAGGGGGCCGAGCACCCGAUGGUGAAAGCUCGGGCACCCGGGGUGGACAGACGGGCUGCGCCCUUUGGGGCCGCCGGCCCGGGCACCCGGGGGUUGAGGGCCCGGGCACCCGGGGUGGUCAGAGGCCUCCGGUGCUUCGCGUCUUGGGGUCCCUCUUCCUCCUCCUUCUCUCUUCUUGGAUGGUGUAGAUGUUCUCUUGCGCUUGAACUUCUCCUCGUCGUCGACGAAGCUCCGGUAAUACCUAUGCAUGUACAUGAGAGGGAUGUCAAGUAGUAUACCAUCCUCGAAGGGGUCAAGUGAACACGUGUAAAGGAGAUGAUUAACCUUUAUGUAUGUGAAGUAGAUGUCGCAUGUGUCACUUGCCGAACGGACUCUUGACAUGGUGAUGUCCGUAGGAUGCUCCGCAUCGUGUCCGGAACGACUUUGUUGUGCACAUACAUGUGAGAGGUUGAUUUUGCUGGCAAGCUUCGGCUCUUUAUGUAGCGCGAUAGUUCGUGUCGGCAAGCAUGGCUUCGAUCGUUUCCGUGAGCAUGGUGCAAGGCUCUCUCCAGUGAGGUGGUAGUCAGCAGGUGUGCUCCAUCGUCGGUGCUGGCCUGUGUGGUGGCCAAUCCGGCUUGUGGCGACGCCCUUAGUGUGGUUUGCGUGGCCACCAAAGGUCUUCUUGAGUGUUUUCCUCCAGAACCAGUGGUUGCUGCCGGCGACUCGUACUGGUUAUUGAAGUGUAUAUGUGGAUUGCCUAGCACUUUCCAUUAGUUCAGACUUUUGGUUGCGUGGCUAGUGCAUGAAGCUUAACGUGGUAUCAAAGAUAAGGUCUUGAGUUCAAGCCCUGGCUUUUGCAGUUUAUCUAAAAAUUGUUGUUCCCCCCUUUGUGUCCAUGUAUAGGCCUCUUGAGCCAUACUUUGAGUCUAUCCACGUGUUUGACUUCCUGCAUCACACGUAAGAGGGGUGUUGAAGUGUAUAUGUGGGUUGCCUAGCCCUUUCCAUUAGUUCAGACUUUUGGUUGCGUUGGCUAGUGCAUUAAGCUUAACAUGGCAUCAGGGCCUAAGGUCUUGAGUUCAAGUCCUGGCUUCGCAAUUUAUUUAAAAAUUGUUGCUGCCCCCUCUGUGUCCACGUAUAUUACUCUUGAGCCAUACCUCUGAGUCUGUUCACGUGUUGACUUCCCGCAUCACACGUGAGAGGUGUUGAAGUAUAUACGUGGAUUGCCUAACUGUUUCCAUCAGUUCGGACUUUUGGUUGCAUUGGCUAGUGCAUGAAGCUUAACAUGGUAUCAGGGCUAAGGUCUUGAGUUCAAGUCCUGGCUUUCGCAGGUUAUCCAAAAAUUGUCGUUCCCCCCUUUGUGUUCGUGUAUAGGCGUCUUGAGCCAUACCUCCGAGUCUAUCCACGUGUUGACUUCCUGCGUCACACGUGAGAGGGGGUGUCGUUUGUUUGUUUUGACGGCUCUCAGUCCAGUCGAUGCAAUCUAUGGACGACGGCUUGGCAUAGAGAAUAUGGUUGUUCAGCAGCAGUGGGAUUUCUAGCCCAUCGCAUGUGGCUGUUAGGAUUGAGUAAAAGGGGUGGUGGCAACACAUGAUUGACUUCGAUAUGAUGGUGCUUCUCGAGCACUUGAUCUCGAGCUUUGGGAUGAAAACCCUAUAAUCCCUAUGUCUGGCCGAGUUGGUUAUACCUGGCAAUGGUGAUUUUUUUGCGUCGUUUCCUUGUUGAAGGCAUGGCUCAGAUAUGCUCGUACUUGUUCUUCUGGAAGAAAACCUAGAAUUUGGCUUUGGUGGUAGCAUCCUAUGACGACGACGCUCGAGCAUUGUUCCCUUUUUGAAGGCGUUGCUAUUGAAGAACCUCAUUGUCCUUGUGGUGUCAAGAUGGUUGAUGCGGAUAUAGUCGUUAAUGUAGUUUUUUGAUCGCUUUGUCUUUUUAUCUUCUUUUUUCCCUCUUAUGCAUAGCUUUGGUCUUGUAUGACUUUGCUAUUAGCGUGUUUAUUUGUGUGUGUGCGCGUUGGUGUUGGCUGUGUGCAUCCUAGCUAUGCAGAGGCUGGGUGUGUGAUCAUGGUGUUUGUAUCCACUUGAUGCUUCAUUUUGAGUCAAUAAAAUCCAUCCUUUGUCGAAAAAAGUAUUAUACUCUAUUGGCUUACAUCAUUAUCAACAAGCUUGUGAUUAUCCAGGACCGACUCUAGGAAUUUGGAGUCUCGUAGUGAAAUAAAAAAGGUGGCCUUAAAAUUUAAAACUUUUAUCUGUAACUGAAUCAUCUAGUAAUGAAAUAGUUGUCAACUUAGUGUAUUGUGUCAAGUAACGACCCACUAGGCGGUUUAGGGUCAGUGUAGCAGGCUCGCGCGAACGGUGGAACAUACAGCCAUACAAGACGGGGUGUUGACAAGCAGCAGGGGCGGCUGACCGGGAAAUUCAAUGGUAGGGAUUUCUGCUUCUUUUCAGCCGCUUAGAUCAUGGCAUUGCGCGAUUCGCAUAUCUAGCAACCAACACCGAUCACUCCACCUGGGAUGCUACAGGCGAGGUGGUGUCCUUCCGAUCAAGCGACCCAUGCAGAUUAGGAUGAAGCGGACGAAAUCAUGAACAGGGAGGCUCAGUUGUUUUUCUCUCUGGUGGUUGGCCCAUGUUUUUGGGGACCCUGCUCGCAACCCCAUCGAUGGGUGUGGUGGUUACAUAUGUGGUGCCUGCCCUUAUAUAGAGACCGUAGGGGCACUGGUACGGUGGCUAACAUUUGAACUAAAACCACGAAAAUUAUUUUGGAAUGGAGGGAGUGCUUUUUUACAAAUCAAAUUUAGCUAAGCUACAUGGCAACAAAUCUAAAUUGACUUCUUUCUCUUCACUUUACCACCAUAGCAUCUGAUAGUGCAUGAACUUUCUAGCACCUUCUCACAUUGUGGACAUGUAACAUGUAUAAUAUGCAUAUUUUUAGGGUAUUGAGAAGAUUAAUCUUAGCACUAAUAUGUCUCAAGGUCUGCUUCAACAUAUAGAAUUUAAAGUUUCUUUUCUUGUGGACGCAACUAACAGCAGAACUCUACUUGUGGACACAACUUCCAGAAGAACAUGUGUUGUAGAAGCCCCUAUUAAACGACCAUAUUUUUUUGUGGACGCAACUAACACGGGAAUUCAGCUUCUUGUGGACGCAACUAACACAAGAAGUAUCUUUUGGAUGCAACUGACACAUUAUCUUGGUUACACAGAAGAUAUUAUGGACACCUCUAGCAAAAGAACUUAGGUAACCACACACAGAGAUUAUCUCAUUGACGCUGGUAGAUAUGCGUGUGUGUGUGUGUGUGUGUGUGUGUGUAGCCGUGAAGGUUUUUAUUUUCCUUGUUGUAUAAGGGGCUUGUGCAUAUUUCCUGGCAUGUAUAUAAUAUUGUCCUAUGGCCCCAUGGUAAUACAAGUUGCUUAUCCUAACAGGUAUGAGAACCCUUGUUUUUUUUUUCUCCACACACACUUGCGCUCAAUCUUGAUCGGUUUUGGUCUUCUUUUGUUCUUGUCGUUUCUGCGGUUAACGCGUUCGAUCGCCAUCUCCUCGACUGGAUCGACCCUCUCCAUGCCAACCUCCACCUCACAGUUGCCCGUCUAUCAACAGGACGCCGCCACCGGCGCUCUCAAUUGUCGAUGUCCAGAUUGGAUCAGGCCGCAAGUCCCAUCUUUCCGAUUGGAUAGUGACUCUGCCCCGCCAACGAAUGCUUGCCGUGUACCUCCUUUUGCAGAAAUCAUGCCAUGCUUCCCUACCGUGUGCUGACCAUCACCUUGUCCUUGACUACCUAGCGUUGUCUCUGCCUUCGUCCAACUCGAGGUCACCUCUUCCCUGAGCGCUACCGUCUCCAAGGCUCGUUGCACUAUUCAUGGGGACACUGGAAGUCAGCGUCAAGUUUUGCUCUAUUCGCGCUGCUAGAUCUUGGAAAAAAAUGAGUAAAAAAAGGUAUAAUAUCUUCGUCAUCGCGUUACAUUUGCAUCCCUCAUUGCCUGGUGAUUUUUGGUGGUGUUAACAACACCGAGUUUGUGGCCCGCAGGCGCAUCCAUAUGCACUCUCUGGGAUGUUCUCUCUAGCAAGGUCUCCUCUUCACUGCACUCUGCGCUGCACUCUGUUGCCCCUGUAGAUCCUAUGCUGCCGACACCACUGGCUCCUACCCCGGAUGCCUACCAGGCUGCUAAGGAUGCUGACAAGAUUGCUGAUGCUGCUGCCAUUGCUGCCGCAACAAAAAUGAUCCCAGACUACCAAACGGCUCUUGACACUUACCGCCAUGAACUAACAGCCUAUGUUCUGGGCUUGAUGAUGACACUCAUUCUGGGGCUGUCCUUUGUGCCAGUGUUCUGCCUUGGUUUUCUUCUGAGUUUUCAUCAGGGUGAUGCCACCGUCGAUGCGUUCUACGCUUAGAGUUAUGCUAUCUAGUGCAACUUGAUUCUUCUCGCAUUACUUGUGGCUCAUGUUCCUGUUGUUAGACUAUUUGUUCGGACUUGGAGUUUCACCAUGUCACGAGUUCUUUGAGAUAACGAGAAGAUGACGCAUCAGAGGGAGAUAACCCAUUAGGAGAAGAUACAAGAUGAGUAUGAAGAGUAGAUGGUUGUCAUAAGAACAUGGCACAUCAAGAGAAUGAAACAUUACACAAAAAAUCCUGGCCCAAGACACCGGUGAUGAAAGAAGCUCGACAGCCAAAUAAUUAACUUAGAUCAACGACAAUGCAAAAGGAGGCCACAAAAAUCCUAUAAAAAGAAUAAUGACCAGAAAACUGGAAGGCAUGAAAAACACGAAAGAGCAACGGGUUUGGUGGACAUAGUGAAAAAUAUAGAAAACUGGAAGGCACAUACUAGACUAGGCAAUGAAGCAGAGAGACCGGCGGCGGUGGCAGCGGAAGAAGCAUGAAGCUAGUUAAGCUUGCAAAUGGCAUGAGAAUCGUGGCGGCGAGGGCCAGAACCAAACAAAGCUCCCGUGCGAUGCUCCCGACUAUGAAUAAGGUGGUCUCCUUAAGAUUGAAGAGUCAGUAGCAAGACUGGCAAAACCCUAAGUUGCACAAUAUCUUGCUCAAUGAAGGCCAUGGUUGAAGAGGUUGAAAUAGAAUCACCAGUCCUUUUAGAAGAGCCUCGUGAAAGGCGCCGCUUCUAAUUGUAGCAAGAAGACUCAUAUUGACGCAUAUCGUAGCAAGUGCAAGGAGGACUAGGGCGACCACUAGCGUCGGUUGGAGAUAAUAUAAGAAGCGGAGCACUAAGCGAGAAGCAUCCGGUACAGGAGUAGACGGAGCAGGUGAGCGAGUGGCAAGCAUCGAGGGUACCUCCAAUAGACCAACACCGUGCAGACGAGUAUCCUCAUCACAAACCUCUGAGAGGGCCCCGUGAAGAGAGACAUGAGGUAUGCGUGCAAAGAGCUGGGCAUGUCGCGGCUUAAACUCCUUAUGGAGCCGAGACAAGAACUCAUAAACAAGAUGAAACUCAGUCUGGAUGAGCAUCCUGGCAACACAGAUGAGUGACAACCAAUAAUACAAAGCGGAUCGAGCUGGCGCCAAAUAGUGUUAUUUUGAGAAUAGAAGUCGUCGACGGUGGAAUCACCCUGUUGUAGUGCCUAGAAGUCGUCGAUGGUGGAAUCACCCUGUUGUAGUGCAUGCUCCUGGUGAACCAUAGACAUAUAGAGAGCGUCAUUGGAGGGUUGAUAGCGCUGGCGAAGGUGAGUUAUCUCGAAGGCUGUAGAGAAUGCCAUGGAGGAAAGCUGAGGCAUGACACUGGCAUAAAGAACAUUCGCAGAAUGAGCAUCAUCAUCAAAUUACCGAGCAUUGGCAGCUAGCUGAUUACUGUAAGUGUCAAAAGCUAUCAGGUAGUCUGAAACCUGUUGGUUGUAGACGACAACAACAACAUCGUCAACAAUGCAACAUUGGGGGAAAGAGCAGGUGGUGCCAGCGGCAUAGGCACCACCAGGUCAAUAUGACACUGUGAACAAGGGACCUUGCUGAGAGAGCGCCCCAGAGAUGACACAUGUAGGCAAUGAAGUUGGUGCAAUUAACAUCAUAAAAAAUCACUGAGAAACGAGGGACGGAAACAUAGCCUAACAUGUUCCUUUUUUUUCUUCAGAAAAGUUCUCAGCGAUUGAGAUCAGAGCCCUAAUGAAACAGAGGAUUGUGCCCCAGAUACAUAUGGGAUGCAGAGCUCCGGUUAGAAGGCGUCGGUGUCGGUGGCGGUGGGAUGUCGAUCUAGAGGUGGCGCCGACAACCAGAGAGGCGACGCUCGACGUCGAUCUUGAGGUGGUGACCUUGAGGAGGAGACGACGUCGGCUUUUGGAGGAAGAUGAGGCGACCGAAAUGUGGUGGUGGCGGCGACCUUGAGGAGGAGGAGGCGACGUCGGCUUGAGGAAGAAGAUGAGGCGACCAAAAUGUGGUGGUAUCGGCGAGGCGAACUGGAGAGCAGACGUCGAGCAGGAUCAGGUGGGGAGGUGGGGACGAGCAGAAGCCGUUGGUUGGCUUGCUUGGAGGUGACUGAUCCAAUUGAGUAGGACACCGUGGGUUUUGAUAUGGGCUUUGAAAAAUUAGGGAAUCAAGUAGGUCGAACAAGAAAAUCGGGACUCGGUCAGAAGACCGAUCUAUGGAGAUCGAUCGAUCGAUCAAGAUGAACCAAAAAAAAAAAUCUGCAUGGAGAAAGAAGCAUGAGUUGCGUGUGCGGAAAAAACUAGCUCCAAUACCAUGUUAUGGAUGCAACUUGAUUGUAUUGUAAAGCCCAUGGGGAAAUAUAUAGUACAAAAGACUUGGAGCACAAAAAUGAAAAUCCGAACUAAUAUGUACACCUAGACGAAUUCUAUCAUUAACAGUUCGACAUGGUACGCCCUAGCGAACCGGCAGGGUCAAACAUCAACAAGGCUACCCACCCCCUGUCGAUCACCCAUGGAGCCACGUCAAAGGGAACCAAUGGACCACCCGUAAAGCUUCGUGAUCACCUUGAUCAUGUUGUCACCCAAUGGGAGCACAAAUAGUCGGUGGUAAACGGUAAUCACCUCCUCUUAGAUCUUCUCACUCCCCUCUACAAGCCCCACUUACGGAGCAUGUUCCGAAGGGCACAUAGCCCAGUGUUGAGACUGCCCCCUUGGCUGGCGAUGCGCCGGCUACGCCUCAGCUGGAAAUCCAACUCUAGGAGCAGGACAUCUGUGUGUGUCUUAGCUGCGCUUAGGAAUUCACACAUGGUGCGUGUUCUAGCGCAACCACCCACACUCGUCGGUCUCGCAACCCUACUUUUUCAUUAUUAUGACUAGGUCUUUUUAUGCAACUGUUUGGUAUUUUUUCUUCAGUCUUUCUUGAGACAUGGGCUUGAGUUGGAGUGUCAUAAAUAUUCUUUUCUGUCCAUAUUGGUUUUAGCACGGAAUAAAGAGAAGUCCUGCUCCUGAGGGACAUUGUGUUUCCGCAUCAGUUCCUUCUCAUGGUGGACUGACACUGACUGUAGAAACUUCAGCAAUUAAAGGAAUUGGUUCCUGGGUUAUUUUAGUUUGUAAAAAAGUAUUUCCUCAAAUAUGGUGGCCUCUCUAGAUAAUGUGAGAGGCUUGACUUUAGCCAUGUCAUCCAGUGCAUUCAUCGGUUCAAGCUUUGUAAUCAAGAAAAUUGGGCUGAAGAAGGCUGGGGAUUCUGGGGCUAGAGCAAGAGCAGGUUCUGGAGGUCAUUCAUACUUGUAUGAACCAUUAUGGUGGCUGGGAAUGGUCACUAUGAUUCUGGGCGAGAUAGCAAACUUUGCAGCAUACGCAUUUGCCCCUGCCAUACUUGUUACUCCUCUAGGAGCUCUGAGCAUCAUAUUUAGUGCAGUGCUCGCACACUUCAUCCUGAAAGAGAGAUUGCAUAUGUUUGGUGUUGUUGGUUGCAUCUUGUGUGUUGUUGGGUCUGUUGGUAUAGUUUUGCAUGCCCCAAAGGAGAGGGAGAUUAAUUCAGUGGAGGAAAUAUGGCAUUUUGCAACUCAGCCAGGUUUCAUUGUUUAUUCAUGUGUGGCUGUGGUUGGUGCUCUUUUUUUGAUUUUCUGGGCUGUCAAACGCUCUGGUCAUAGGAAGAUGCUCGUCUAUAUUGCAAUCUGUUCACUAAUGGGAUCACUCACGGUUAUCAGCGUAAAAGCAGUUGCCAUUGCCUUGAAGCUGUCAUUUAGUGAAUCAAACCAAUUCAUCUACGUCCAGACGUGGUUCUUCAUAUUUGUUGUCAUUAUUUGCUGCUUGGUGCAGUUGAACUAUUUAAACAAGCCACCCCAACUCGGGGGAUCGCUCCCCAUGUCUACUGCUCAUCCUCUGCUCGCCUCCCAUCAGGCCUCCAUGAUUCGGCACACAGACGCCAAAGCUUCCUCUCAACGCGACUACCUACCGCCAUUCUUUGGUCCUCCUACGAGCUCUGCCCGACGAGACGAGGUCGGCCUGCGGGCGUGUAGCCCCUCGACACCGGCAGCGGAGAGUUCAUGCGAGUGCUUGAUGCGGUUGGCGGUGACGCCCUCGGCGGUAAGCCACACGGGGGAGCUAGUGUCGUGGAUGGAGGCCUGCUAAUCACAGGAACGCCAUAUCGGCAUGCUUUCCGCGCAGUCGCGACAAGGAGGACGAGCGUGAGGAGAUACGAAGGAAGAAGAGAAACUGUAUGGGAUCGGGUAUAUGUAAAUCGCGUUUUUGGAAAAACCACUAAUACUCGUUUUUCCAUAAACGCAAAAUUCUGGGUUUUACGAGAACUGAGUUUCCUAUAUCCAUGGUUUGUUACAGCGGCCAAA